AUGUUUGGUAAUAUCAAAGAAAGUCUUAAAAAUAAAUGUGUCUUGAUAACUGGUGCUUCUUCAGGUAUUGGUAAAGAAACUGCUUAUUCUUUUGCUGAAGUUACUGAUGGAGAAACCAAAUUAAUCUUAACUGCUAGAAGAGAAUCAAAAUUAUUGGAAGUUAAAGAAGAUUUAGAAUCAAAAUAUCCUAAAAUUGGUAUUUUCGUUUUAAGUAUCGAUAUUAAUGAUUAUAAAACUAUCGUUGAAAAAUUGAAAACCAUACCAGAAGAAUUUGAUACUGACAUCUUAAUCAAUAAUGCUGGGUUAGCUCUUGGAAGAGAGCACACUAGUGAAAUGGAAAUUGAAGAUGCUUAUUCCAUGUUAAACACUAACGUCAUGGGUUUGGUCACUUUAACUCAUUAUUUCAUCCCUAAAUUGAAAGCUAAAAACUCAGGUACUAUCAUGAAUAUCGGAUCAAUUGCAGGCAGAAAAGCUUACCCAGGUGGAUCAGUUUAUUGCUCAUCUAAAGCUGCUGUUAAAUAUUUCACCAAAGCCAUUCGUCUUGAAUUAAUCGAUACUAAAAUUAGAGUCAUGGAAAUUGCUCCAGGUGAAGUAAAGACUGAUUUUUCCUUAGUUAGAUAUAAAGGUGAUGACACCAAAGCUGAAAACGUGUACAAAAACAAAGAGCCAUUACAAGCUAUUGAUAUUGCUGAGCUCAUCAUCUUCAGUGUUUCAAGAAAAGAACGUACUGUUCUUGCCGAAACUCUUAUCUUACCUACCUACCAAGGUUAA